AUGCAAGGCUGGUUCAGCCCGGCUGCUUGGAGGGGCCGCCAGGGAAGCCGCAGCCUCCGUUCUGCUGGGCACCCGGAGGCUGAAGGACAGUCCGUGGUGCAGGUGAAGGCCGGGAUCACGGCCUUGUGUGUCGUGACAGAGCAGCUUUGGCCCACGGUUUCAUGCCGUGUAGAUGUGAAGCCCCUAAACCAGAAAGUUCUACUUCGAGGGGUGCCCAAGGAGAUGAGGUUGUUGGGACCCUCCCUGCUGGGGACGUCACCAAUGGACUGUGGACACUUGGCUGAGAGCAGGCAGGACAUCUCCGGCCCGGGUGCAGAGCCCGAUUCCCUGCUGCCUGCUGCUGCCGGCAGCGAUUCCUGCCCGCCCGUGGUGGCUGGGCCGCGGGCUGGGCCUGCUCCGGGCAGACCCGCGGCCGCCAACGCCGCCCGGGAGCGCAGCCGGGUGCAAACCCUGCGCCAUGCCUUCCUGGAGCUGCAGAAGACUCUCCCAUCUGUGCCGCCCGACACCAAGCUCUCCAAGCUGGACGUGCUCCUCCUGGCCACCACCUACAUCGCGCACCUCACUCGCAGCCUCCAGGACGAGGAGGAGUCACCCGGAGAGGGCCUGGGCACCCUCCGAGGGGAUGGAUACCUGCACCCUGUCAAGAAGUGGCCAAUGCGUUCCAGGUUAUACAUUGGAGCUACAGGACAGUUUUUGACUCACUCGGCACAAGGAGAUGGCACAAACCAAGGAGAAACAUCAACUUCACAAAUCUGA